AUGACCAACGGCCACGACGCCCUCGACGAGAAACUCACCCGACUCUCCCAGAAGCAAGGCGUCAAGGCGACAGUUGUCCUCGACCGCGCUUCAGGCGCCAUACUGCGCACCUCAGGCCAGCUGUCCACGCUGAACGCAGCAGCGGCGGCGCUCGCAGGGUCUGGGCAAGGCAGCGCUGCUGCAGCGCCGGGCGGGGAGGGACAGGCGCUUGACGGCUUCGCGGCGAAAGUCUGGGCCUGGGUGAACGCCUCGGGUAGUUUGGUCGAGGAGCUGGAUGCAGAGGACGAGCUGAAGCUCCUGCGACUAAGGACGAAGAAGCAAGAGUUGGUGAUUGUUCCCGACGCGAGAUAUUUGAUGAUUGUCGUCCACGAUACGCCGCCGGCCUGA